UUUUUUUUUCUUUUUUUUUUUUGUAUUAUUAUGUUCAAAUUAGUCACCGCCAAACCUUUGGCUAAUAUCGCCGCUCGUCAUACUGGUGUCAAGGCUAUCCGUGCACCUAUUGCCAACCAAUUCUAUCGUUUCUACAGUGCUCCUGCUGAUUCUGAAUAUGAUGUUGUUGUCAUUGGUGGUGGCCCAGGUGGUUAUCCUGCUGCUAUCAAAGCUGCUCAACAAGGUCUCAAGGUUGCUUGUAUUGAAAAGCGUGGUACUCUUGGUGGUACCUGUUUGAAUGUCGGAUGUAUUCCUUCCAAGGCCAUGUUAAACAACUCUCAUAUUUAUCAUGAAGCUAAACAUAGUUUGAAAAGCCGUGGUAUUGAUGUUAGCGAUGUACAAUUGAACUUGGACAACAUGCACAAGGCUCGUGUCAAGGCUGUGAAUGGAUUGACCAAGGGUGUUGAAUUCUUAUUCAAGAAAUACAAGGUCGAUUACUUGAAGGGUACCGGUUCUUUCAAAUCAACCACUGAAGUGAAUGUUGAUGGUUUAGAUGGUACUCAAUCUACUUUGAAAGCCAAGAACAUUAUCAUUGCUACUGGUUCCGAAGUCACUCCUAUCCCUGGUAUUGAAAUUGAUGAAAAGAAGAUCGUAUCCUCCACUGGUGCCCUUGAAUUGACCAAGGUCCCCAAGAAGAUGGUUGUCAUUGGUGCUGGUGUCAUUGGUCUUGAAUUAGGUUCUGUUUGGUCUCGUCUUGGUGCUGAAGUUACCGUUGUUGAAUACUUGGAUGCCAUUGGUGCCGGUAUGGAUCCCGAAAUGGCCAAGACUUUCCAUCGUCUUUUGUCCAAGCAAGGUCUCAAGUUCAAGAUGUCUACAAAGGUGAAUGGUGCCAAGAUUGAAGGUGAUAUUGUCAAGGUCGAUGUGGAAGCUUCCAAGGGUGGCAAGGCUGAAACUUUGGAAGCUGAUGCUGUAUUGGUAUCCAUUGGUCGUCGUCCUUAUACUAAGGGUCUUGGAUUGGAAAAUGCUGGUGUGGAAGUGGAUAACCGAGGACGUGUAGUGAUUGAUAGUGAAUACAAGACCAACGUUCCCAACAUUCGUUGUAUUGGUGAUGUUACUUUUGGUCCCAUGUUGGCUCACAAGGCUGAAGAUGAAGGUUUCGCUGUGUCUGAAAUGAUCGGUACCGGUUAUGGUCAUGUCAACUAUGAUGCUGUUCCCUCUGUUAUCUAUACUCACCCUGAAGUUGCCUGGGUUGGUAAGAAUGAAGCUGAAUUGAAGAGUGAAGGUGUCAAAUACAAGACUGGUAGCUUCCCCUUCGUUGCCAACUCUCGUGCUCGUACUAAUGAUGAUAUGGAUGGUUCCGUCAAGGUGAUUGCUGAUGCUGAAACUGAUCGUAUUUUGGGUGUUCACAUCAUUGGUCCUAAUGCUGGUGAAAUGAUUGCCGAAGGUGUUCUUGCCAUGGAAUACGGUGCUUCUGCUGAAGAUGUUGGACGAACUAUGCAUGCCCAUCCUACUCUCUCUGAAGCCAUGCGUGAAGCUGCUUUGAUUGCCUCCACUGGUAACGCCAUCAACUUUUAGAUGUAGUUUAGAGUUUUCUCUUUUCAUUUAGUAUUUAUUCAUUUUAUAUAUAUAUAAUAAAGACAGAUUUUUUAUCCUUUUA